AUGUCAGGAACUAUUCCUCUGUUCUCCAGCUUACCCUUGAGGAAAGGAGACCCGCCGUACUCGGCCUGGGGACUGUACGGCGACGACGAUGAACGUGGUGCUUUCAACCGUCUCACACCAGAGCUAGUGCUUCAAGCGAAGGAGGAGAUCCAGACCGGCAGGACCUGCUCUCUCAACAAUCCUUUAGACGCGAUGGCCAAGACGGGCGUCGUCGGACGGAAAGCGUUCGAAAUGGAUCAAUAUGCAAAACCGCCAAGGGUUGUCUGUGACUGCGUCUGGACGAUGAAUAGCCAGUGCAGCACCCAAUGGGACGGUUUGAGGCAUUGGGCGUAUCAGAGUACUGGAAAAUUCUAUGGUGGCCGCACUCUAAAAGACUUCUUCAACGAAGACAAGUCGAUUAAGUCUCAUGUCAAUGGGAUCCAAAACUGGGAGCAGACCGGCAUCGUCGGGCGCGGUGUGCUUCUCGACUUUGACCGGUGGAGGAGAAAGCAGAACAUUGAGUUCAGUGCGACGCCUCUCAAUCCUCACAAGAUCACAGUCGAUCAAUUGAAAGCCGUAGCAGAGGACCAAGGCACGGAGAUCAAUUUUGGAGAUAUCUUGUUUGUCAGAACAGGUUUCACCAAGGAAUAUGCUGCCUUGAGUGACGACGAUAAGAAGAAAAUGGGUACCAUGUGGCAGUCAAGCGGUCUCGUCCAGAGCGAACAAGCCCUGGAAUGGAUCUGGAGCUACUUUUCUGCCGUCGCCGCUGACCAUAUCACGUUUGAGUACUGGCCAUCCGUUCAAGACUGGUAA